AUGGCGAGUUCGAGCAGUUCACUACCAUCAAGCAUUUUGAGACAAGAAGCAGAAGUAGAAGAAGUUGGGGAAAAUUUAAGUGAUAGCGACACUGAUGAGGAAGAAAAUAUAUCAUUAGCAGAACUACAGAAGAGAUUGAGAGUGCAACAGAUUGGCAAGCGCAAGUGGCGUAAAAGAGACAUCAAUGCAGAGUUUCCCGACUGGAAAGCCACCAAUAAUAAUGCAGAAACUACAGAUGAAGCAAGCACUGCAAUAGAUUUUUUUGAACUAUUUUUUGAUGCAGAACUAGUUGAUAAAAUCGUUCUGGAAACGAAUCGAUAUUCGCUGCAAAAAAAACGAGCUUUGAACGUUUGCACUGAAGAAAUCAAAUGUUUUAUUGGUAUUUUGCUCUAUAGUGGCUAUACCCAGGUUCCCAGAAGAAGGAUGUUCUGGGAAAAUGCUAGUGAUGCACAUCACGAAAUUGUAAUAAAUGGCAUGAAACGUGAUCGAUUUGAAGCUAUCUUAUCCCAUUUUUAUUUAGCCAACAACUAUGAACUUGAUGCGGAAGAUAAAUAUGCUAAAAUACGUCCAUUAGUGACAAUGAUAAAUGAGAAAUUUUUAUGUUAUGCGCCUAUUGAAGAGUACUACAGUUUUGACGAAUCCAUGUGCAAAUAUUUUGGACGCCACGGACUCAAGCAAUUUAUACGCGGCAAACCGAUACGAUUUGGGUUCAAGAUUUGGUGUGGUGCAACACGAUUAGGCUAUGUUGUUAACGUUGAUCCGUAUCAAGGCAAAAACGGAUAUAAAGAAAAGGACGAUCUAAAUCUGGGUUUGGGAGGGCAGCUUGUUUAUAAAUUUGCUAAAAUUUUAAAAUCUCAAAAUCCGAACCCAUUUCAUUUAUUUUGUGACAACUUUUUCACUAGCAUAAAAUUGAUUUCAGAGUUGCAAAAAAUAGGAAUAAGAGCUACAGGAACGAUAAAAGAGAACAGGUCCGAGCAUUGUCCUUUACUAACAAAACAGAAUAUGAAAAAGGAAAGCAGGGGUUUCUACGACUACAGAGUGGAUGAAUCACAAGAGCUAAUAGUAUGCAAAUGGAAUGACAAUAAUGUGGUCAGUUUGUGCUCUAAUUCAGUUGGAAUAAAUCCAGUACAUUCUACUACUCGUUUCUCCCGAGCAGAACGAAAACGCAUUCAGAUUGCCCAGCCACAUCAUCAAACUUUAUAA